UUGGUGCACCGAGCCUUGGGGCCGGUCUGUGUGCGGCGUGUCGUUCGUGAACACUUACGAAUUAUCUCGGGGCAUUGCUGGACCCUGCUGCUGCAAAGGAGAGCACUGAUCGAGAUCCGGGAGGAAAAGGGAGAGCGUUAUACGUUGAGCCGGAUCGGAAAGCCCGGUCAGACAACGGCGGUGAGGGGGAGAGAGAACAAAACAAUUAACACGCACGGCAUUCUGCGAGAGCUCUCCGUCUUGAGCGCUUCAUCGGCGCCUUGGAGAUAGCAGCAUCAUGGACAAGCUCAGUCAACUCACCCUGGACAAGCUGUCGCUGGACAAGGUCAAGAACAUGGUCGGCGAAGUGCGUGAUACCAUUGCCCCGCGCAACGACACGGAGAAGCGCGUGUACGAAGCCCUCUCGAACAAGAACUGGGGGGCAUCCAGCACGCUGCUGAACGACAUCGCUCGAGACACUUACGACUUUGAGAAGUACGGCAUCGUGUUGCCGCUCAUCUGGACUGCGCUUCAGAGCCCUAGCCGCGAGUGGCGUAAAGUCUUCAAGGCCCUUUGUCUCCUAGAACACCUCAUCAAGAACGGUGCGGAGCGCGUUAUCGAAGACGCUCGGGACAACCUUCACCGCGUGCGCAUGCUCUCCGACUUCAACUACUAUGAAGGGCCGAUAGAUAAAGGCAGCGGAGUCCGUGAGAAAUCGAAGCAGGUGAUCGAACUCCUUAAGGACAACGACAUGAUCCGCGAAGAGCGCGAGAAGUGUCGCAAGCUUCGGGACAAGUACGUCGGGCUUGGAAGCGGCGGCGGUUUCAGCGGCGGCGGGGGUGGGUACAGCGGCGGCGGGUACAGCGGCGGCGGGUACAGCGGCGGCGGGUACAGCGGGGGCGGGGGUGGGUACAGCGGCGGUGGGUACAGUGGGGGAGGAGGAAGCGGCAGCUCUCGAUACGGAGAUGCCCCUGGCAGUGGCGGGAGUGGCUACAGCGGGGGAGGUGGGUACAACGGCGGCGGCGGGGGGUACAGCGGCGGCGGCGGGCGCUACAGUGACUCUCCUUCUGACCGAGAGGGCUACGGAGGGACGAUUGCGAAGGGCAAGUACUCAGACACGGCGGAGGAGCCCAGCUACCGAAGCAAGGCAGCCGAGCCACAAAAGGAACCUUCCAAGCCUAAGCGCGACCGCAAGAAGUCUUCCGGCAGCGGUGGCGGCCCGAAGCUGACAAUCAAGAUCAAGGAGAAGGGCGGCGACGGAGGGAGCUCGACUCCGAAACCAGCCGCAGCUGCCGCUAAAGCUGCCGCUAAAGCUGCCCCCGUUCCAGAUCUACUAGGUGGCGAUUUCUUGACCUCCGACCCCGCUCCCACGGCUGCUACCGCCGCCGCCGCAGGCGGCGGGUUCGGGGACAUGUUUGCCGCCGCUCCCGCGAACGGCGGCGGCAGCGGCAGCGGCUUCGACGGGUUCGAUCCCCGCGGCGGGGGAUCUUCCGCAGCUGCUGCUCCUGCGGCCCCAACUCCGGUGGCUGCUGCUGCCGCGACACCGGCGGCGGCUCCGGCUGGAGGCGGCGGCGUGUUCGGUCAGGAUUUUUCGGGUUUUUCUGCGGUGCCGGCGGCGGGUCAACCGCUCGGGGCGGCGGCCGGUGGCACGGGCGGGGCGGCCUUCGGAGACCCUUUCGCGGCCGCACCUGCCGUCGUACGGACGACCACCGCAAUCGGCGGCAGCGGCGGCGGCGGCGGCGGUGGCGCGUUCUCUGGCAACAACGGUAACGGGGCCGUGCACGCACGUGCCCCCUCCACCGGAAACGAGGACUUCAGCGAUUUCCAGGGUUGCAGCGGCGCGCCCGGCGGCGGCGGCGAGACUACGGGCGCGGCCAGCGGCGGCACGGGCGCGGCGACGAACGGCGCCGUGACUAACCCCAAGUGGAGGGACGUGUCGUCCCUUGUCGAUCUCGGAGGGCUGAGCAGUAACACGGACAAGAAGGUGCGGCGUUGUGUCGUGGGAGGGCGGGAAGGACCUGAUCAGAUGUUUGGGGUGUGA